AUGGCCACUCCAAUGCAGGAUGACAAAGAGGUGGCAAAAGAGCUUCUUGUUUCUCUGAGAGAAGAUACUAGCAAAGUCUCAAAUCUAAACAACGAUCAGCUAUAUUCACUGCAGCUCAAAUCUGGGCAGGAGCUGAUUGCUAACUCAACAUUUGAGUCGAUGGGUCUGAAGAAUGAAUUGAUACAGGGAAUGUACUCCAUGGGACUUGAAAAGCCAACUCUCAUCCAGAAUCUCGCCAUUCCCCAGAUAAUUAAGGGGAAGGAUGCGGCAUUUCAGAGUAAAAGUGGCACGGGAAAGACCAUCGCAUUUGCAUUGGGCGCUCUGCAGAAAGCAGAACCAAAAAAAGGCCCACAGGUUUUGAUUUUAUCACCAACAAGAGAGCUUUGCAUGCAAAUUGGAACUGUCAUUAAGAAGCUGGCAGAAUUUGUUAGCCUAAGUGUCUGUUUUGCACUUGGCGAUUUUGAGAAAACGGCAAUUACUGAAGAAAUAGUAGUUGGCGCACCUGGAAAGAUUAUAAAUCUUGUUAACAAUUCCAUUUUGAUCCCCGAAUCCAUGAAGAUGCUAAUAUUAGAUGAGGCCGAUGAUUUGAUCUCAAAUCAGGCCUUUAUUGCUUUGACCUUAAAACUCUUGAAAAAAUUUGAAAAGACACAGAAAAUAUUCUUUUCAGCCACCUAUUCCGAACUUUCACAAAAAGCGUUGUCAAAACUGGCGCCAAAUGCCGACAAAUUUUUGGAAAAAAACGAGAAGGCAGACAAAAUCCAGCUGUAUUACAUUGAAGUUCCUAAAUCCAAGAAAAUUGAUGCUCUUAAGUCGCUAUUUGGAUACUUGACGGUUGCACAAAGUAUCAUCUUUGUGGCAACAAAGAACACAGCAGAUUUCGUUGCAAAAGUGAUGCGUGAUGAUGGUUUUCGGUCUCUUUGA